GUGGAAUUCACCGUAUCCGGAAGCGUGGCCCUACAGCUGAGAUGCGAUGCUGUGCUUUUGAUUCGUUGUUUUCGUGGUCUCUUUAACUCUGCAUAGAUAUGAUAAUGUACAAAUACUGAAUUCUGAACAUCAAGGGAUCCUUGUAUUAGUAUGGGCAACAACUUUAUAGUAAUAGACGCGGAUCUUGCGGCUUGAUAUGAUGUUCGGUUCAAUCACUAGCUCUGCUACCGCCUAGCUAGCGUCAGCUAAACCCGACGGAAAGGGCUAGCUAGUUGUUAGCCUCGACAUCAGAAUUACAUGGAGCAUCUCCUGAUUGAGUUUUAAACCUCAGAAGAAUGGACGAAAAAUACAGUAGCAACGUUCUCUCCAGUGGGAAGCUCGGAAUGGUGGAAGUGCCCAAUGCCAGAUUAACCAGGUACAUAGUGUUGCUUCUCAUCGCCAAAGUGCUGAAGGCACUUGGGAUAUUCGAAUCAUACGAUCUACUCAAAGUAGUCCACAUCGUCCAGUUCGUCUUCAUACUGAAAUUAGGGUGUGCAGUAAUCUUACUUUUCUUCCAAAAGCCGUUCACUUCUGGGAAAGUGAUAUCUAAAAGACAGUGGAUCAAGCUACUGAAACAUGCGGUUGUUAAUUGCAUCAUAUCUCUGCUGGGUUUCUUUGGCCUGACUCUUUGUGGACCUCUAAGGGCGCUGUUGCUGUUCGAGCACAGCGACGUGGUGAUCCUAGCCCUCCUCAGCGUUCUAUUCACCAGCUCAGGAGGCGGACCUUCCAAGACCAGAGGUGCAGCUCUCUUCAUCAUAGCAGUGAUUUGCCUUCUCCUCUUUGACAACGAUGACCUCAUGGCCAAGAUGGCGGAGCACCCUGAAGGGCACCAUGACAGCGCCCUGACCCACGCUCUUUACACCGCCAUCGCGUUUCUGGGGGUGGCAGACCACAAGGGGGGUGUGGUGUUGCUGGUGGCGUCCCUCUGCCUGAAGGUGGGCUUCAACACAGCCUCCAGGAAGCUGUCGGUGGAGCUGGGAGGAGCCAAGCGUCUAUACGCCCUGUCCAACCUGGUCUCUGCAGCCGUGCUGCUCCCCUGGGUCAUAGUGCUGUCGGUUUCCACUGAGAGUAAAGUAGAGUCGUGGUCGUCGCUCCUCCUCCCGUUCAGCCUGAUCGUGUUCUCCGUCAUGAUCCUGGAGUUCUACGUGGAGUCCGCCUGCGUGUCCAAGAUGGAGGCGCCCCGCUGCGCCCGCUACGGCGCCCUCUUCCUCCUGGUCAGCAGCGUGCUGCUGGCCAACUUCUGGCCCCACCCCCUCUCCUACCAGCUCAGCUCCAUGAACAAGCCCCCCCUGCAGGACAGCACUGAGCAUGUGCAGUCUGGAGGCGUGCUGGUCAGCGCGGUGUUCUUUAUAAUGGCGGACAGCAUCUUGUCCUCCCCCUCUAAGAGGGGCCAGAAGGGGACCCUGGUGGGCUACUCUCCCGAGGGGACCCCUCUUUACAACUUCAUGGGCGACGCGCUGCAGCACACCUCCCAGUCUCUGCCGCGCUUCAUCAAAGACUCGCUCAAGCAGAUCCUGGAGGAGUACGACUCCAGGCAGAUCUUCUACUUCCUCUGUCUGAACCUGGCCUUCACGUUUGUGGAGCUGUUCUACGGCGUGUGGACCAACAGCCUGGGGCUGAUCUCUGACGGCUUCCACAUGCUGUUCGACUGCUCCGCCCUGGUGCUCGGCCUCUUCGCUGCUCUCAUGACCCGCUGGAAGGCCACCAGGAUCUUCUCCUACGGGUAA